AUGUACGUAGGAGUGUUUAGUUUCAUGGAUCCUCUCUCCUACAACAUUUGGAUGUGCAUCAUAUUUUCCUACCUGGCUGUCUCAGUCGUUCUCUUCCUCGUCAGCAGGUUCUCGCCAAACGAGUGGCAGAUUGAGGACAGCGAGAAGGGUCCUACCUUCGUUAACGACCUAACUCUGCUGAACAGCAUGUGGUUCUCGCUGGGGGCCUUUAUGAGGAGGGGGUGCGAGGUCUGUCCAAGGUCGCUAGCUGGUCGGAUAGUUGGAAGUGCGUGGUGGUUCUUCACCCUCAUCAUCAUUUCAUCAUACACAGCCAAUCUGGCAGCUUUCCUCACCAUUGAACGCAUGCUCACUCCAAUUAAGAACGCCGACGACCUUUCGAAACAGUCUGAAAUAUCGUACGGUACACUGGAUGCUGGCUCCACUAAAGACUUCUUCAGGACCUCCAAAAUCGCCAUCUACGAAGACAUGUGGAAGCACAUGAACAAGGACCCGAGUGUCUUCGUGAAGACGACAGACGAUGGCAUCAACAGAGUGAGAAACUCAAAGGGGAAGUAUGCAUUUCUGCUGGAAUCCUCCAUGAACGACUACUACAACCAGCGCAAACCUUGCGACACCAUGAAGGUUGGUGACAACCUAGAUUCGAAAGGCUACGGUGUAGCAACCUACAUUGGAUCGGAUCUAAGGGAAGAAGUGAACUUCGUGAUUUUGAAACUUUUGGAGGAGGAAAAGUUGCAGAAAUUGCACAAAAAAUGGUGGUACGACAAAGGAGAGUGCGUUGUGGAGUCUGAAAACAAAGGUAGUGGUUCAUCGCAGAGUCUCUCCCUGAGUAACGUGGCGGGCAUCUUCUACAUCCUCAUCAGCGGUCUCGGCCUCUCCAUGAUUGCUGCUUCUGUUGAGUUCAUCUGUAAGUCGAGGAUGGAAGUCAAGAGGAAAAAGGUAGGUAGCUCCUGGUUUAGGUGUUUGUUCUCGUGUUUUUACAUUUUUGUUCUAGGUUUUGCUCUGUUCAGAUAUUUCAAGUGA